AUGUGCCCAACGGAUUCAGAUACCACCAAGAUUCAGAGGGACCCGCAGUUGGUUUCCAGCAUACACAUAAGGCAGUUCACAACCAUUGGGCAGCCCAGCUCCAAAGAAUCUGCUGCCUUCUGCCUUCUCAGCACAUACAUCACGAAGUUGCUGAAGGCUGGAGUACCAGACUUAACAGCUCACGUGUCUGCUGCCACCCUCAAUGCCAGAAGUGUUCACUCACCUUCUACUAGCUUGGUGACCUUCUGUCAAGAUUGUCAGCAGCUGAGUGACUACAGGCCUCCAUCAAUAGGCUACACCCAGGGAACUGGAAAUAGCCAGGUGUCUCAUAAUAAAUAUGCAGAGCUGCUGGUCAUCAUUGAAGAGUUAGGGAAAGAGAUCAGACCCAGGUAUACAGGGAGCAAAAGCUCCAUGGAGAGACUAAAACGAGGCACCAUUCAUGCCCGAAAACUGGUUCAGGAGUGCUUGGCUGAAACGGAACUUAAUGCCAGGUCCUAG